AUGGCUUCGUCAGUUACCCCGGCUCAGGCCGAGCUCAUCAGCUCUCUUGCGCCUGACGACAUACCUAUUAAGCUGCGAUGCGCCAUCUGCAGUAAGUUGGCAGUGAAUGCGUUCCGCCUUCCUUGCUGCGAACAGGCUAUUUGCGAGACAUGCCAAUCUUCUCUCCCAUCGUCUUGCCCGGUUUGCGAGCACUCGCCGGUCUCCGCUGAUGACUGUACGCCACAUAAAUCUCUGCGGACAACGAUCAAAGUCUUUCUUCGCACUCAGGAAAAGAAGCGCGAAGAGGCGCGGGCAAAAGAAAAAGAUUCUGCGCCCCCGACUCCCAUCGAUCCCAAGCCGAUCGUGCAGUCGCUUGCCCCCUCCGAAUCCCCCGCUGUCGAGACACCUCCGCAACCUGCUGCGGUACCCAAGCCGGACGAGACGACCGACGUGGGAGCUGCGCCAGCUCCAGUUACAGAAGUAGGCCAUAAGGAUGAAGCUGAUGCCGCUGCUGCCCAGAAUCAUGAUGACGCGCAACAUCAAGAGGAGCCUACCGUCUCUAAGGGAGAGGAGGACGACAACGAAACCGUCAUCAUAACAGGCGACGAAGACGCAGCGAAUGGCACUAAGCGAGAAGGACAGCAGGAUGAUGACGUUGCAGAGAAUGACGAGGCUCAGAGCGACGAUGCAAAUACGAAUGCGAAUAUGAGUUUUAACUCCAUGAACGGAGGCAAUUUCUCAUUCAAUGGAUCCGGUGAUUUUAGCCAGAUGCAAAUGAUGAUGGCCAUGCAGAAUGGCAUGGGAUCCAACUCCUUUGGUAACUUUCCAAUGAUGGGUAUGCCAGGAAUGGGUAUGGACCCAAUGGCGAUGCAGAACAUGUACAUGAACGGCGGCUAUGGUCCUCAAGGCAUGGGCAUGGGUGGCUUCGGCGGUGGUUUCGGCUCGGGCUCCAAUAACUGGAACGGGCAACAAUCAUGGAAUUUCGGCCAAGAUAAUUUCAAUUCUGCUAAUGCUGCUGGCAUGGGAUCUGGUGACUAUGGCAACUAUAACUCAGGAUUCCAGUCAGGGUACAAUCAAGGUAAUUAUGGUCACCAAUUCAAUGAUUACCGCCGGAACAAUUUCGGCAACCGUGGACGUGGAAGAGGCCGCGGCUUUUACGGCGGAGGCUAUGGUCGAGGCGGAUACCAACAGUAUGGCGGCUACGGUGACCAAGGCCAGAUGCAACAGCAGUACGGCUUCGGAAUGCAAGGCCAAGGCUCAAGUGAUGCGAACCGGGCGGACGGUAACGUGGAUGAGUUUGGUCGUGAACGCAACGAACAGGACGAAAAGUCGAAUGUUGGAGGCGACAACGAAGCUGAGGGAGCUGACGGCUCAAAGCCAGUUAACGAUGGCGAGAAUGAAAUGGGCUCAAUAAAUGCGUCAGAGCAGGAAGGUGACUUCUCCGGUUUUAACGGCAACGGCAUGUCUGGAGGUUAUGGACCACCAGGAUUUCCAAAUCAGAACCAGGGUUUCGCAGUUGCGCCACCUGAUGUUCCUUUGAAUGCUCCUACAGGACCUAAAGCUAUGCGGCAAGGGCUGCCGAAUACCAGUUUGCAUACUUUGCGGGCACGAGGAUAUGUCAUUCCUGACGAGCAGGUCCAACAGUCGCCAGUAGAUGCUCCAGUUCCACAAAGCCCUAAUGUGGAACAACCUAGAUCCAGGAGCAGCUCCUCAACGCGUACUAAGGAUAAGGAUAGAAACCGUCGUCGGGAAGCGAGCAGAGAUCGUGAAAGAGAGCCUGAUAACAGGUCAGAAAAGGACUAUGGCGGCCGAGAUCAAGAUUACUCUAGGUCACGCUCACGCACUAGGGAACCCAGCCGAGAGCGUAAGAGCGAUCGCGGCGACCGCGGCGAUCGUCAUCGACGUAGGCGCAGGCGCUCCGAAUCAAGAUCGGUUGCCGGAGACCGUGGAGAUCGUGGAGAUCGUGGUGACCGAGAUGAUGAGUACCGCCGCAGGAAGCAUAGGAGCAGAAAGCACAACGCAUACGGCGACGACGAUGAAACCAAGUCUAGGUCUAGGGACGACGGUUACGAAGAAAGAUCCAGGUCUGCCUCGCCAAGCGACUCUAAGAGAUCUACUCAUCGAAGCCGCAGGGAUCGUGACGAGAAACGACGCGACCGAGACAAGGACAAGUAUCGGGAUGAUGACGACUACGAUUAUCACCGAAAGUCUAGCCACCGUUCGCACCGAGACAGAGACCGCGACAGGGAUCGUGACUACGACCGAGACCGUAAGGAUAGCGACCGUGACCGCAAAGAUAGGGACCGAGAUCGUGAAAAGGACCGGAAGCGCGAUAGGCACAGAGACCGCGAACACCGGCAUCGCAGCAGCCGCAAACACACGCCAGAGUCGUCAACGCCAGUGGAGAAGGACUUCAACCCGCCUGCUGGCCCUCGUGGUGGCGCACCUGGUCUGGAGAUUAGGGGUGCAAGCGGCAAGCCCGGCAGGUCGUCCGACCGACCGGAGUCAGGCCGGCGAGGAUCUCAGGCCUCUAUCAACAGCAAGUCGGCGCCGAGCGCUCCCACGAAGGACGCCCACGCCCUCGAACGCGAGGCUAGGGAUCGUGAGCGUCUGCUGAAAGAGACACAGCGCAUGGCAGGCUUGGCCGGCUUGGCUGGUGUCAAGCGCAGCAGAGACGAAGGUGGAGAUGAUGGGAAGCGGAGUCGAAGGAAGGGACGCCGCAGCGAGGCCAUCAGUAUGGACGAUGAGGAAGAGCGGAUGCGAAGAAUGGAGGCCGAGCGGGAAGGUAGCCGCUGGGGUUAG